UUUACUUCCGCCAAAACAGAAACUACAAACAAUAAGGGGGAAGGGCAUAAACGAAGAUAUUUUUUACACGUGACAGGAAUAAAAAUGGUAAAAUUAAACUCAUUAUGAUAGAAUUACGGAACGUGUGCAACAUUGUUGCCGAUGCUGCGAAUUAUGUGUCAAGGCGGCGGCGUGAGAGACGCCUUCCCGCAACCGCAAAAGAUAGUGAGCACCCAAGAAUUUUGAAUCAAGAGAAAAAUGGAAUAAUCUUGUUUACCUGGGAUGAUGUCACACAAACAAGCAAGGGAGCCAUAUGUACCCAUGUAGGAUUUUAUGACCCAACUAAGAAAUCCCAUGAGGUGAUUUGGAUUUACAACCAGAGGGCCCGAAUAGUGUCCUGUUCCAUAAACCAAGGGAGGUCACUCUUAGCAUUCACAGUAAUUGGCAGGGAUGACUCUUUCACAGCCAAAAUACCAGGCAAAGAUGUAUACAGUGUGUUUCUAGCAGAAACUCAGGCUACAAGCACAAGAGUUUUCUCCCUUAAUCUAGAGCGACAACACUUCAUAAAAGUUCAGUUUUUGUAUGACAGCCAGACUUCUGACAGGGAGUCCCAUCUGAUGGUUAUGCUGCAUAGAGAGUCUGUGGGACUAUAUCAUAUCAGGCUGGGCAGAGUUGGAGAGAAGGGUGUGGUGAUGAGGGACCAACCAAAGACAGAGCAGUUAAUUAAGCGGUUUUUCUGGUGUCAGUGGGACAUGCUUCACCAGAGGUUGUAUUACCUCCAGUAUGUGAAGCGGGGGGAGGGGGACAAGGCCCACAUUGCCCCCAGCAUCUCCUGUAUACAGUUUUACCAGAACAGCCAGCAUGAUAACAUUCUGGAUAUACCAAUAGAAUUUCCUUUCCCACACAUAAAGACAAGUUCAAAAUUUCAUUAUUCAAGUGAUCAUUUGGAUUGUGGAAUUCCUGAUUCAUAUCUCAAUAUGGUUGUGCUUACAUUGGCCAAUGGGACAUUUUGUAUCUGUUACCAAAAGAUGGUGUCACCUUACACUGUAGAUAGACGGUCACCAGUCAAACGGGCCAAGAUAUCGCCUGGUCCAAACCCUUCUCCCCUGAGUGCCCACAGUUUAUCUGAUACAGAUGAAGAAACUGUUGAUCUUAACUACUACAUUUGUAUGGUGCAUCAUGCCAAAACUCUCCAUGGUUGUGUAACUGGGCUUCCAUAUUCCCGCAAAUACAGACUCCAUUUUUCCUGGCAUGGAGACUACCUAAUGGUGCUGUUACCCGGCCAUUUUGUACAUCUUCUUAAUGUCGGAAUUGAAUUUGAACCUUGCCAACAUAUCCUUCUACACGAACGCAGCAUCAAAGGGAACAUCACUUCUAUACAUAGAAAUGUUGACAGUGGUGUUACCAUGGUUACAGGGAAUGGCGAGUCACAUGAUGAUUCUGUGGCAGCCAUUUUGGAUGUGUCUGUGUUGUCAUCAGCUGCAGAAAAAUUAAACAACCUGUCAAAUACCAGUUUGUAUGAAAUACAGAGAGAUUCUCCAAUGGGGACCUGUUUCUAUGACAACAGCAGUGGUGAGGUGUGGAAAGUCCAUGUUAACAUGGAAACAUUAAUCCAGGUGUUCGUCCACUGUUACAUGUCCACCACCAGGGCGGCUCUGUUACACUAUGUACUGACCAGGACACGCGACUUCUUCUUAAUCAAAAGGCUCUUUGAAAUGCUUAGCAAUGACAUUCCAAGUAGUGAGGUACCUGCACUUAUGGCAGAGUUUCUCAUUGUCACCACCUACUCCAGUAUGAGGCGACAGUUUGACAGAGAAAUCUUGAAGCUGGUUCCGUUCACUGCUUCUGACACAUUUAGAGGACAGUUUGAGAAGAGCUAUGAAGGGGAGAGAAUUGCCCGGAUAUCCUACUCUCCACUGGUCUGUGUAAACAUUGCCUCCAAGUCAGCCAAGGAUAGAACACGUAAGCAAGGCAGUGUGGGGGAUGAUCUCUGGGAUAUCCUGAGGCAUCACCUGCGCUGGAUGCAGGUGGAGGAACUUGUUCGAUUCUCCCACGAAUCUGUGAAAUCUCUGAUGGAGGCAAGAGCCCAAAGCAGAAAUAAGGAAGGAGCAGGCCAGGGUACCAAAUCAGAGGACCAGUUUUUCUUUUCCUCCUUUCAUGGACACAAGUCAAGGUCAAAUAGAUCAGAGUCCCCAGCCCCUGGCACCACAACAUUCAACAACAACAUGAAACGAGUGAGACCAGACACAGUGUUAGGGACAGCCCCACCAUUUCUACAGGGAAACAAUAUUUCCAACUGCUCAGAAAUGGCUAUGGACAUGACUAAAGAAUUGUUCACUACUCAUCUAAACAAGUAUUUAAGGAAAGAAGCAAGAUCAAAAGGUCAUUCAGUUGCCAAGGAAUACAUAGCAUGUCAGAUUCAGCAGUCCAGACAACUCUGUCAUCUUCUGUGGAAUCUUCGUGGUCCCCUCCUCCCCUACACAGACUUGGACUUCCUGCCUAACCUGACUGACCCAUCAUCUGAUGACGAGUAUGAAUUGUUCCAGCUGUUUGAGAGGUAUUAUCAGACAUGCCAGGAUUUAUCAUUCCCACUUCCUCAAGGUUUUAUAUCGUACUUCACAGCUCUGGGUUAUCGGAAUUUAAAUACCAGCCUGUUCUUGCAGUAUGUUGAUCAUGGAGUCCUCCAACUUACAGGAGAAUUCAUGGCUCAGGUUUUAGCAGACAUACAAGACACCAAGGAAGGCGUGAGAAUGAAACAACAAAUAAUUUCCAGAUUACCUCAGAACCUGGCAGAGGAGUGUUAUCGAGAGUGGAACAACCCCCUGUGUCAGAGGUACUUUGCCCACAAACAGGUGUCCAACAUCCUCCAAGAUUUUAACAUCCAACAGGAGCGCAGUAGAAAAUUAUCUGAUUACUCCUACAUGGCCAGAGACAGAUCCGAGAGUUCAAACUCAAGCCUGGCUGAUGUCUCCUUCCCACCCUUAGCUUCUUUCCUACAUUAUCUUGAAACUUUAGACACUACCAAACCGACCCACACCCAGAAUCCAUUAGAUGUGAACUUUUUGGCAGAUGUGGCUCUUUAUCAUACCAGAAAAGAGAACAAAUAUGACAUGUCUACUGUGAACUUCUAGUCUUUACAGAACUUUUGUUUAAAUAACUUGUGAUCAUGGAGAUUUCAUUCAAAUUAGAAUAGUAGUCAAGAUAUUUUAUUUGCCAUGAUAUUUUGGAAUGAUCAUCUUAUCAAGUCAACGGUUUGACCUUUAUCAUGUUGUAAAUUUUGAUUUCACUAGGGGGAGGUAGAUGCAAAAUGCAGAAUUAGUUAUAAAUUUUGCAGUUACCUCCCUCAAGUAAAUUCAAAAUUUGCAAUAUGAUAAGUUUCUGAUCCAUUCGUUCCACAUUGGAAUGGAUCGAGUUGAUCAGAAACCCUUGACUUGGGAAGAUUGGUACAUGUAUGUUAUACAUGUGAUCCUUAAACUAGCUUGACUUGGUUAGAUCUGGUAUGUUACAUCAGUGAUCCUUUAAUUAGCUUGACUUGGGAUGAUCUGCUGGUAUGUUAUAUACAUGUAAGUGAUCCUUUAAUUAGCUUGACUUGGUAGGAUCUGUUGGUAUGUUAUAUACAUGUAAUUAAGUGAUCCUUUUAUAUGAAGAAAUCUGUGAUACCGGUCGUUUAUAUUACUUUGAGUUUAUGAUGGGAUAUUUGUGCAAUAUUAUGAUAAUUGUUGUUAAUUAAAUUGUUACAUUUGAAUAUUUGUUUAUUUAAGGAAUAAAUUUAAUGUUGAAA